CCCGUGACGCCAUAGAUCAGUUGGCAUGGCACGAGAAUUCGCCCUUCACCCUUGCACGCCUAACCCAGGCUGCUUUGCCAGCCAGAACAUGCUGCCAGAAGCGCCCAUCUUCCUCUCGCAAGUACUCCCUUCCCGUUCGGCCAUAAGGGUAAUCUCAAAUAACCAACCUCUCUCUCUCUCUCUCUCUCUCUGAUCGCGGUUUUGCCGACCCAAAUCUCUCUGGAGGCUGUUGAUUUCGCCGUUAGCGUUCGCCCGCCUCUCCCGUCGCCUUCUGGAUCGCGUUAUUCAAUCCGGUAGGCCGUUGCUCUCGAGCCGUGGUGAGAAUUAGGGUUUUGGUGCUAUUUAUUUGUUGGCGUAUUUCCCUGGAUGGGCAGGGACGCAGCGGAUCUAGGGCUCCUCAAUUCGGCGGCGCUGUAGCGGGUCUAGUUGGUUCUGCGGUCUGGAAGAAGGGGGAUUUGUUCAGAGGUGAGAUAUUGAUGUGUUUCACGGGAGGAGGGCGAGGGAUUGGAAACGGUAACGGCGAGAAAGAUAAAGUGAUAUGCAUGGUCGGGAAGGUGAGAAGAGCAAGCGUAGGUGUUACAUGGGGACUGCCCCUGUGUGCGGAACAGCAGCAAGAGAGAAACGGGCUAUGAUUCUAUAACGACCAGUACCUACAGCCGGUUCCAUUCAGCAUCGCUCGAUUCAUUCUUAAAGGAACAUUAGGGGGAAGUUGAUCAGCUAUUAUAUAAGACACGGCUAGAAAUGCAUGAAGCAGUGCAGCCUGGAGGACGCUCUCCAAAGCAAACGAGUGGUCAAUCAUCGACUCAACAGUUAAAAUCUGGUUCAGAUAUUGCUUCUCAAAUUAAGGGGAAGAGGUGGGUUAGGGGUGAUCAGACCAUGGGCCCUGUCAUGCGAGAACGCACAUCAGAAAUCGAUGAUGGUAAUUCUGCUGGCUGUGUCUUUGACAGCAACAUGAUUAAAUCCGAGCUCUCCAAAAUUUUGGAAAAAGGUGCCAUUCUAAACAGUGAUGGAGUUGAAAAGCUUGUUCAUUUGAUGCAAAUCAGUAAUAGUAAGAAAAUAGAUUGUACCGGUCGGGUUCUAUUGGCAGAUGUGAUUUCUUCUACGAAUAGUAUUGACUGUUUGAACAAGUUUAUGCUGGUUGGGGGUGUGGCUGUUCUGGAUGAAUGGCUUCAAGAUGUACAUAAGGGGAAGACUGGCGAGGGGUAUAGUCCCAAAGAGAGCGAUAAAGCUGUUGUUGAAGAGCUUCUGUUGACUUUGCUGAGAGCACUAGAUAAAUUACCUGUAAACCUUCAUGCGCUUCAGACUUGUAAUAUAGGGAAGUCUGUGAAUCAUUUGCGUAGUCAUAAGAACUUGGAGAUUCAGAAGAAAGCUAGAAGCCUAGUGGACACAUGGAAGAAAAGAGUUGAUGCAGAAAUGAAGAUGAGUGAUGCUAAACCUGCUGGUAGUAGCCAAACGGUAACAUGGCAGGUCAAACCAGGUUUCUCUGAAGCUGUUUCUCAUGCUGGAAAUCGGCAUAAUGGAUCUGACGAGUUAUCCAUGAAAAGCACAAUCACUCAGCAAUCGAUAUCCAAGGGUUUAUCUGUGAAGUCUGUUCACUCAGAUUCUACAAAGUUGAACACAGUGAUUGUGGGAUCUGGGAAACUACAAUCAUCUUCAUUUUCACCUGUUGGAAUUAUCUCAAAGGAUUCUCCUUCAAAAGAUGGUAUCAAUAGCGGGAACUUGAAUCCGCCUCAGAUUGCAGCUAAGGAAGAAAAUAGUACUAGUUCUAGCCAGUCUUGUUCUAGUGAUCAUGGGAAGACUUUCGGUUCUUCCUUGACUACUGCCGGAUCAGAAAGAAAAAAAAUUGGUGGUUCAUCUUGUAAUCGAAGGCUAACCAAUGUGAAUGUAGCCAGCAAUAUUUUGUCUGAGCGGAAAGAAUCUAAUACAGAAAAAUCAGGCUUUCUUCUUCGAAAUACUAUAGGUGAGAAGGUCUCUCAAGCUGGACUUUACUGUGAAAGCUCAGUUGAUGUUUUGCCUUCAGAGCAUGGAAGUUGCCACAGAUUGAUUGACAAGCUUCCUAAUUCAGGUGAUAGUCCUGCAAGAAGCACUAGCGGAGGCUCCUUGGAUGACCCAUCAGCUGGUAGUAGAACAUCAUCUCCUUGUGUCUUGGAUAAUCUUGAGCACAGAGAUCGUAAGGUGAUUGGAAGGAAGGAUGCUGUUCGAACUCAUAUGGAUGUAAAUGCUGAAUCAUGGCAGAGCAAUGAUGUUAAGGAGGGGCUUGUUGGAUCUGAUGAGGGUGAUAGAUUGUCAGUGAUUGUGCCUGAGGAAGAACAACGGGAUGAACCUGAGAAAGUUCUGGAAACUCCUAGAACCAUGUGCUCAGUAUCUGAUAAUGAGAAGUUUACUGGUGAUGUUGGACCAAAGUUGAGGGAUUCUUUUACCUCCAUGAAUGCCUUGAUUGAAAGCUGUUCUAAAUGUUCUGAAGCUACAGCACUAUUAUCGUUAUCAGGAGAUGAUAUUGGUAUGAAUUUACUCCCAUGUAUGGCUGCUGGAGAAAUGCCCAAAUCUAACGUAAUAUCUCCUGCUUCAUCACCAAGAGGUUCCCUUGCAACAGUGGACCCCUGUACUGGCACUAAUGAGUCCAAGUCCAGAUUUUCUUCAGUGUAUUAUGGUUUUCAAAAUCUCAGUCCAUCCAAUGAAAUCACUGCUUCAGACUCUCCGAAGCAUGGGAAGGAUACUGUUCUUGUAUUUGGAAAGGAUGAGACACAAGUGGUGGCUGAAAUUUCUCAAGAUAUAAAGGAAGAAUUUCAUAGAGAAGAAGAUGGAAAUCAGAACAAGGGUGACAAGAGGAUUGGUGGGCUUGUUGUUGAAGCUUUAACGGAUUGCAAAUCUGUGGUAAGCAGUCCAGUUGAUCAAAUCAAAACCAGCAGCUCUUCCCCUGCUGAAGCAUGGAAAUUAUCUUCUGAUUCUGGCUGCAAAUCAUUGUUUCAUGGCAUUGAUUGUGAGGUUUCUGCAUCUAGCGGAGAUGUUGAGAAGGUAGUGAUUGCGGAAUCAUCAUUAUCCCUUCAUUUUAACAAGGAUUUACAUGUUGGUGCUAUCUUGACAGAACAAAAGUCACAUUCUGUUGCUAAAGCUGAAACAGAGAUGGAAAGAAAAGGCGAUGGUGCACCUACUUCAUCUGUUGCUGAUAAUGAUGCACAAUGCCUUGAAAAUGCAGAUUUAUUAACCGGUAAAAUGUUGGAUAGAUCAGAUUGCCUAGAACAGACUGAAUUGAAUGGAUCAGCCACCCUCCCUUCAAACAAUAGUGCACAUUUGGAAUCUUCUUUGAGUCCUGGUGGCAUGGGCUGUGGCGCACAGACUACAGAGGGAAAAUCUGCUUUGGAGAAGCAUAGGGAAGUUGAGGCUUGUGCAAAUAUGUCCACAGAUGAGAUAGAAACAAAGGAGGAACUUCCAUCCUUAGCUGAGAUUUCUUCAUUCGUCAGAACCUCCAAUCAAGAUGUGGGAGCUAAGCUUAAUUUUGAUUUAAACGAAGGCAUGUUUGGAGAUGAUGUGAACCAAACUGAACCAUUUUCUUCAUCUGCGUCUGAUUUCUCCCCUGCAAUAAAAAUUCCAAGUUCCUCACCUCUUGUAUCUUCAUCCAUAGUAAAUCGUUUGCCAUCUCCUGUAACUGUUGCUGCUCCAGCCAAAGGAUUUUUUAUGCCUCCUGAAAUUUUAUUAAAUGGAAGGUUUCAGCAGCCACCAGUGCAUUUCGUCCAGCAGAACCCAAAAAGGUUCUUGAGACCUAAGAAAGGCCGUCCUCUAUUGGAGUUUGAUCUCAAUGUCUCAGAUGAGAGUGUUCUUGAGGACAUGUGUUCACAGAAUUCUGCUCAGACAACAGGCUCCGAGUCUGGUAUUAUUAUUGACCAUCACAUUCCUUCACGGGCUGCUGGAAGAUUGAAUUUUGAUUUGAACAGACUUGAUGAAGGUGCAGAAGAUUUGGAGUUUGUGGUGAGCACUGAAUGUUGUUUUGAUGUGCCGCCUGUCCAUGCAAGACCCACAACAAUAAAAUUUUCCAAAGGGGAUCCCAAUAUGUUGAGGGAAUUUGAUCUAAAUAGUGGGCCUGGCACUGAUGAUGCAGGUACAGAGCAGCUUUUCAGAAGUCAAAAUUCAAAAAAUAGUAAUAAUAUGCAAUCUGUUCCUCCAAAUGUUCAUAUUCGAAUGAAUAACACCGAACCUGGAAGUGGCUGUUUUCCCUGUUUUAACUCCUAUCCAGGCUUUGCGUUGUCAUCAUUCUUGCAUGAUAGAGAGCAAUCUUACCCAAUUUUUGCUGCUUCUGGGGCACAGAGGAUUUUGGGGCCUAUAAGUGGUGUUGGAGCUUUAGGAAGUGAAAUAUAUCGGGCACCAGUCCUCUCAUCCUCUCCGGCCAUGGCUUUUUCACAGGCUUCUACAACAUUUUCUUAUGCACUCCUCCCCUAUGGCACUACUUUCCCACCGCCCUCAUCUGCUACUCCUGGAUCAACAAACUAUGUUGAUUCUUCAUCUGGUGGCUGCUCUUAUUUCCCUCACAUCCCAUCGCUCGGUGGAGCUACAACUGCUGUUUCCUCCCCUUAUACAAGGCCCUAUGCAGUUAGUCGUCCAGAGGGUGGUGCUGCUAUUGGAUCUGAUGGCAGGAAAUGGGCUAGGCAAGGUCUUGAUUUGAAUGCAGGUCCAGGAUGUGCCGAGCAAUUUAAGGACGAUCCAUUGUCUUCUUCAAGACAACUACAUGCUUCAAGUUCACAGAGCUUCAUGGAGGACCAGACAAGACUAUUCCAUGUCUCAGGUGGUGUGUUGAAGCGGAAGGAAACUGAUGGAGACCAGUUGCUGUUCCAAUUGAUCCCAAUGAGAAAUUAUAAUGUUCGCAAUGCAGUUAUGUUGGAUAUUAAAAAUACUUUUCUAAAUGGGGAUAUCAUAGAGAAGGUGUACAUGUGCCUUCCUCCAGGCUUUGGCUCUACUUUCUCCCGGAGACAAGUGUGUCGAUUACGGAAGUCUCUCUACAGACUGAAGCAAUCUCCAAGUGUCUGUGGCCAAAUUGUUAUCCUUAUUGUCUUUGUCGACGAUAUUAUACUCACAGGUGAUGAUCUACCAAUAUUGGAGUCUCUGAAUGAUAUUCUUGCUACUUCAUUUGAAAUGAACUUGGGAUUACUUUAUUCUAGUGAACAAGACUUCUGGGGAAACUCAUUUACCUUGCCCAUACUCGCCCUGACAUCUGCCACGCAGUAUCAAUUAUUGGGCCAUGCUAUUCAUGAUCGACGAUUCACCUCAGGAUAUUGCUCAUUAGUGUGGGGAAAUCUUGUCAUGUGGAAAAGCAAAAAACAGUCGGUUGUUGCCCGGGGCAGUGUUGAAGCCUAG